GACGAGGAUGGGAUGUUCUCGGGCGUCGGUAUUCUAGGAGCGGAAGCGGCUGGGCGGAUUACCACGACAUGGCUUCCUUUGGGCGGUUUGAUCCGUUCACGGAGGAGGGAGACGAAGACUUCGACUCUUAUGCGGAACGCUUUGAACAUUACGUCCGAGCUACCCAGGUUAGUGAAGACUUGAAGGUAUCAGUAUUUGUUACCGCCAUUGGAAAACAGGCCUACCGCACGCUGAAAAAUUUAUUGGCCCCGACCAAGCCGGAAGAGAAAACGUAUGCCGAACUGCUCCAGAUACUGAAAGGCUACUAUUCUCCGAAGCCUUUGGUGAUAGCGGAAAGAUUCCGGUUCAACCGUCGGUCGCAGCUGAAAAAUGAGCCAGUGGCCGCGUUUGCAUUGGAACUAAAAAGGCUGGCUGGAUCCUGUGAGUUCGGGCAAUUCUUGGAUGACGCCUUACGGGAUCGAUUCGUGGCCGGACUGAGAGAUGAAACGGCACAAGCAGAGCUGCUUAAGAAGAGUACCCUGACAUUUCAAACUGCCUACGACUUGGCGAAAAGUGGGGAACUUGCUCGCACGGAAACAAGAAAAAUUCACCCAAAAGAACUCGGCGACGUGAACCUGGUACAGCAACACCCACAGCGGACCACUGGGACAAGAAAGGUCGCGAGCAAAAACACGGAGCGGCAUGCCGAGACAACGGACUGUUCCCGGUGCGGAGCAACGCAUGACGCCGCCACCUGCCCCUUUCGCAAAUUUCGAUGUCGUGCCUGCAAAAAGAUGGGACACCUGGCAAGGGUCUGCAGAACAACGCCACGUUCGGUGCACUCUCUUGAAGAGAGCACUGGCUUAGAGACUCCGGUGACUGGGACGAUAAAAGUGGAGUGCUUCCCGCCAUCGGUUCAGGUGCCGUCUGCAAACCCCGAAUUUCCAGCAUGCAGUCAAGCCGUUGUGUCUCGCAGGUCUUUAGGUUCCCCUGUACCCAUCGAUGGUGCACGAGAGACGUCUGACGCCGAGCAAGUCGAUGAGCAGGCAGACGAUGCCAACAAAGAACCGGUCCACCUACCGGACACUUCAUCGGCAGGCGGGCACUGCGGCGGAGGCGAGUCCCAACCUUCCCAACCGGAGCUUCGACGCAGCACCCGACAAAGACGACCGCCUGACCGUUACUAA